AGCAGCAGCAGCAGCAGCACGACCGAGAGACGGAGACACAGACAGACUCUGGACGCUGGGCUUGUCGGGAGGAGCGACGGCAGGCAGACUGGCUGGCUGGCGAGGCGGAAGCCACACAGGACGAGUGCUGGUGGCUCUGCCUGGCUGGUCUGCUGCGCGCUGGGGAGAAUUAGAAGCAUCCAGGGAGCCCUGACUUCGAGAGACAGAUGGCUUAAGAGGCUGCCAUAGCUAAACUGCGAAGCCCAGAUGCCGGCCAAAUUGCCAAAUUGAAGGAGCGCCUGUGCGUACCGUAUGUAUGUGUAUAUAUAUAUAUAUAUAUACACACACAGAUAUUUCUCCAACCACACAGGCCACUGGUUGCAUACUUUAGAGAGGGUUUUUUUUGCAAUUGAUGAAAAUUAAUUCAAGCACCAGAUGGAGCAACCUGACAGCACAAGGACCAAAAACCCAUGGAAAACCAUCUGUUACUAACGGUCAGCUUUCAGUAUGGUCUACAGCGAGUGAAAAAAAUUCUGAGAAGCAGAAGAAGGAAAACACCCCUCUGCACAGAGUAAAUGACAAAAAUACCUCUAUGAAAUAAAAACAACAGUCUUGAGUGGAGAGGAGAUUGAGAUUGUCAUCCCUGAAGGAGGAAUAAUGCACAAGUCUCCGGUUCUUCUCUGCAUUGGGCUCUGACAGAUUCAGCUGGGUUUAAUAUGCUUGCCGAAUAAGUAGUGGCAAAUAAUUGUGUAGUGAUGACUGGAAGAAAGCGAGUUCAGGAGCAGUGGGACAGAUCGAGGGGUUGAACUUCAGAGACUUUUUCAUUGUGUAUUGAGUUUUGCAACUGAAUUUGCUGCUUUUUCUUCUCCACCCUCUUUUUUUGUUUUGUUUUGUUUUGUUCCUUGUUAAUAUGGUGCAAAUACUCAUAAAUAUUUGAUAAUAAAUAUUAUUCAAUGCAUUUGGAACACUUUAAAAAUUAAAUUCUACGUCUUGCAAAUGCGUUGGCUAGAAUUAUGAAUCUGCGCUCUAGACAAGCACCAAUCAGGAAGGAGGUGAUUAAACAAGCAGAGGAGACAUCACAGGGAAGAAGGGGAAGUUGGAAUUUUUUGCGCAUCUCCUCUAUCUGUCUUUAAUUGGCUAUUUCCCCUCCUUUCUUGAAUCCUACGGGAUCUGCCAAUAAUUGCUUACUUGAUGUGCUUUUAGUACUGGGACUUCUUUUUUUCUUCACAAGAGGAUGAAAAGUGAGUUCUGUGAUUCUCUCCCAGUAGGAAAAACGGGGAAGAUGAAGGCAUAGAACAGCCCAGUGUUUUGAAGGAGACUUCAUGGUUCACCUGAGGUGAACUGAUCUGCUUCAAAAGCUUAAAAGCUUCAGACCAUUUUUUUAUAAAAAAAACACAACUACUAAAUGAAAAGGGGCUUUUGUUUUCAUGCCUGUGUGUGGCAGCCAGUUGUGAGGAAGCAGGCAAGACAGCAUGAUAAACUAAGACUCCAGUGGAAGUGGCGAGGAAAUCAUCAGCUACAAAGGAAAUGGGACUGUCUAUUGGAUUGCAAAGACCACUGGGUUGAAAAGUGAGCCGUUAAGUUCAGAAAAGGCUUUCCCAUCUGGCCUGGCACGUUGUUAACUGCACAAGACUCUGGUUUGUGGUCUCGCAUGGUCUGUGUGCCUUUUUCCCCCCUUUAUGCAAUCUAUUUCAGCUUUAGCGGCAGAAAUUUGGUCUGGUGGGGAAGAUAUGCCAAUGGGCAGCUUUGGGGAACUAUGAAUGAAUGUCCUAUAUGUGUACGUGUGAAAAUCCAACUGGAGGAAAUCUUUUUAAAGCCUUAAGUUACUUGAAACCUACACAUCUGCAAACCUUUGUCUCUGGAAUUGCAUAAUGCUAUACUGGAAAUCUCAGGCUGUACGAUGAUUAUUUCCAAUUGAGCAAAAAGACGGCUUGCCGUUUCUUUGAACGCCUCUUCUGCAGUAGCUGUUUCUCCAAAGGACGAGUAUACCCUCACUCUAAUGACUCCAAAUCAAAAUGAACCUGAUUUGUUUUGGUUUUUUUAAGCAUUACUUUUUCUUAGACAACUGUCAUCAUCUUUUAUAGAGGAAUUUUUCACUAUGCAUUUGGUGGAUAUUUAUAAAAACUAACCUUCCCUUCUGCGUCCCGCCCCCUCGUAUUCUGAUCUGUCUCAACGUUUGGUCUUACCAAUAAAACAAAAAAGCGAUUUAUAUUUUCUGCACUAGACAUAGUACUUUCUUAUGUCAAAAGGGAAAAAAUACAGCAAAGCAUGUAUGCAGCAGUGGAACAUGGGCCUGUUCUCUGCAGCGAUUCGAACAUCCUCUGCUUGUCUUGGAAAGGCAGAGUUCCUAAAAGUGAGAAGGAAAAACCUGUAUGCCGGAGGCGAUAUUAUGAGGAAGGCUGGCUGGCAACAGGCAACGGCCGUGGAGUGGUAGGUGUUACCUUCACCUCUAGCCACUGUCGAAGAGACAGGAACACACCCCAGCGAAUCAACUUUAAUUUGAGGGGCCACAACAGCGAGGUGGUGCUUGUAAGAUGGAAUGAACCAUUCCAGAAGUUGGCAACAUGUGAUGCAGACGGUGGAAUAUUUGUUUGGAUCCAAUAUGAAGGGAGAUGGUCGGUGGAACUUGUGAAUGAUCGUGGGGCACAGGUGAGCGACUUUACAUGGAGCCAUGAUGGAACACAAGCACUUAUCUCCUAUAGAGAUGGGUUUGUGCUAGUUGGAUCAGUCAGUGGACAGAGACAUUGGUCUUCGGAGAUUAAUUUGGAAAGUCAGAUCACCUGUGGCAUAUGGACUCCUGAUGAUCAACAGGUCUUGUUUGGCACUGCUGAUGGUCAGGUUAUUGUCAUGGAUUGUCAUGGCCGAAUGCUGGCGCAUGUUCUCCUUCAUGAGUCUGAUGGCAUCCUAAGCAUGUCCUGGAACUACCCAAGCUUCUUGGUGGAAGACAGUAGUGAGAGUGACACUGAUUCAGAUGACUAUUCCCCACCACAAGAUGGUCCAGCUGCAUAUCCAGUCCUGGUUCAGAACACCAAACCACUACUCACCGUCAGUUUCACAUCAGGAGACAUUAGCUUAAUGAACAACUAUGACGACUUGUCUCCUACCAUCAUCCGCUCAGGGUUGAAAGAUGUAGUGGCACAGUGGUGCACACAGGGAGACUUGCUGGCGGUAGCAGGCAUGGAAAAACUAAGCCAACUAGCUGAACUUAGCAGUGCUUCCUUUCUGAAAAGUGCGCUGGUCAAGUUCUACAAUGUUCAUGGAGAACAUAUCUACACCUUGGAGACACCUGUACAGCGCCCCAUCAUAUCAAUCUGCUGGGGUCACAGGGACUCACGUCUGCUCAUGGCUUCUGGUCCUGCCCUCUACGUUGUUAGAGUGGAGCACAGAGUGUCCAGCUUGCAGCUCCUGUGCCAACAAACCAUUGCUAGCUCCUUGCGGGACGACAAAGACAUCAGUAAAUUGACCCUGCCUCCCCGGCUCUGCUCAUACCUCACCACUGCCUUUACACCAACGAUCAAGCCUCCUAUCCCAGACCCCAACAACAUGAGAGAUUUUGUGAGCUACCCAACAUCUGGCAAUGAAAGGCUUCACUGCACAAUGAAGAGGACAGAAGAUGACCCAGAAGUUGGAGGGCCUUGCUAUACACUGUAUUUGGAAUACUUGGGGGGUCUGGUGCCUAUCUUGAAAGGACGCCGAAUUAGCAAACUGCGGCCUGAGUUUGUCAUCAUGGAUCCGAAGACAGAUGGAAAAGCAGAUGAAAUCUAUGGAAAUAGUUUGAUUUCCACCGUGAUUGACAGCUGCAACUGCUCUGAUUCCAGUGAUAUUGAACUGAGUGAUGACUGGGCUGCAAAAAAGUCUCCCAAAAUCACUCGAGCUAGCAAAUCACCCAAACUUCCCAGAAUUAAUAUAGAAGCUCGCAAAUCUCCAAAGUUAUCACGAGCAGCUCAGGAGAUAUCAAGAUCUCCCAGGUUGCCAAUAAGGAAGCCCUCCAUAGGUUCACCAAGCCUAACGCGUAGAGAGUUUCCUUUGGAAGAUAUCACUCAGCACAACUACCUUGCUCAGGUCACAUCAAAUAUCUGGGGAACCAAAUUCAAAAUCGUGGGUUUGGCUGCUUUCCUACCAACCAAUCUUGGUGCAGUUAUCUAUAAAACCAGUUUGCUGCAUCUCCAGCCCAGGCAAAUGACCAUAUAUCUUCCAGAAGUACGGAAGAUUUCCAUGGACUAUAUAAACUUGCCUGUUUUCAACCCCAAUGUUUUUAGUGAAGAUGAAGACGAUUUGCCAGUGACGGGAGCAUCUGGAGUUCCUGAGAACAACCCACCUUGCACCGUAAACAUCCCAAUUGCUCCUAUUCACAGUUCAGCACAAGCAAUGUCACCAACUCAGAGCAUAGGGUUGGUUCAGUCUUUGUUGGCCAAUCAGAAUGUGCAAUUGGACGUCCUCGCCAAUCAGACGACAGCUGUGCCGGUCGCAGACCACGUGACCGAUAAUGCAGUCCACUACCCGAUCCCAAGCAGGUACUCCAACCCGGGCCAGGUGAUCUUUGGAGGAGUGGAAAUGGGGCGCAUAAUCCAGGCACCCCCUCAGUUGCCCCUGCCGCCUCAGGGUACAAUCCAGAUGGCAAUCGUCGACCACAGAGAUGGGGACAGAGACCACGAGCACCUCCAUAAAGUCAAAACGUUGCGUCCAGUUCCACAGAUGGCUGAAGGUGAAGCAGCUGUCUUCAGCACUGCCCAAGAAAUCCAGAUGAACAAAAUGAACCCUCCCCCUCCAUAUCCCGGGACCAUACCAGCAGCUCCGACCACAGCACCACCUCCUCCUCCUAUACCCCCACAGCCUCCCAUAGACCUCUGUUUGAAAAAGGGAGAUUUCCCCCUUUAUUCAGCAGGGCAUUAUCAGACCCCUCUUGGCUACGAAAGGAUAACCACAUUUGACAGUAGCGGGAAUGUGGAGGAGGUGUGCCGACCCCGGGCACGGAUGCUGUGUGCCCAGAACACUUACACUCUGCAGGGGCCUGGCAGUUCUGCCACUCUGAGGAUUACUUCGUCAGAGAAGAAGAUUCAGCAGCCUUGCACCAGUGCCACCCUGAACAGGCUCACGGUUCCACGCUACUCCAUUCCAACUGGGGACCCACCACCAUACCCAGAGAUAGCAGCCCAGCUGUCUCAAGGCCGUGGCCUCGCACAGAGGCUGGACAAUAGCAUAAUCCAUGCUACUCUGCGGAGGAACAGCAGGGAGGCAGCCCUGAAAAUGGCCCAGUUGGUUGACAGCCAGAGAGCUACUCUGCAACUCCCGCCAAAACUCAAGAGCAACGUUGUGGCAGCCCAGUACCAGCAGAGGGUGCCAACGGCACUAUACACCUGCAGCCAGUGCAGCAGCAACAGUGGUGGUGGCAACACUAACAAUGGAAGUGGGAAUAUGGGCAACGUCAACACCAACAGCGGUGCCUCUGGCCUCGGCAGUAUGAGGCCAGAUGUAACGACAGGGAGCAGCUCCCAACACAGCUCCGUCAUCACGCACUCCGUCAGUACUUCGCCUUUGGCCUCCCAGUCCUCGUACAAUUUGCUGAGUCCGCCCGACAGCUCCCGUGAACGGACAGAUUACGUAAACUCUGCCUUCAUGGAGGACGAGGCUCUUUCUCAGCACUGCCCUGUGGAGAAAUCAGUCCGCCACAUCCCAAUAGCCAUGGCGGAGCCUAGCAUUGGGGUCAAAAGACCACCCCCUUAUCAGUGGGAACCGAUGGUGAGCGAGGAGAUAUGGGUUCCUCAAGAAAGGACAGCCCAUAAUACUUUGCCUAACCCCAUUAAACCUGCCCCUCUAGUCAUUGGCCAAGCUCAGCAUCUGGAUAUAUCCCGAGUGCCCUUCAUUUCCCCCAAAUCUCCAACCAGUCCCACUGCCACUUUCCAGAUGAGUUAUGGGGUUGGAGCACCAUAUGCAGGGAGCUACAGUGUCCCUCCCCCUCCACCCCCACCUCUUCAGGGAAUGCAGGUCCCUUGCUCUCCCAAAGAAGCUCUGUCCCCACCCCAGAUUGCACAACAGGAGCCGACCAUUGUGCUUCAGCCAGGUUAUCCCUCAAACCUCGCUUAUUGCCCGUUGCCCCCCAUGUACCCUGGAAAUAGCACUUGCUCGAGUUUACAGCUGCCACCGAUGGCCUUGCACCCGUGGAAUUCCUACAGCACAUGCCCCCCUUCCACGCAGAGCUCCCAAGGCCCUCUGCCCCCCAAGGCACUCCUUGUGGUGGAGAAGCCGGUUAUGUCUCCACCACCGGCAGAGCCUCCGGGUCACGUGGGCUCGGACACAAUGGCGGAGACAGCGGACAACUUCCAAGAAGUCCUCUCCUUGACGGAAAGCCCCGUUCCUCAGCGGACAGACAAGUUUGGGAAGAAGAAUCGGAAGCGCCUGGAUAGCCGGGCCGAUGAAGGAAACAUGCAGGCUAUCACCGAGGGAAAAGUCAAGAAGGAGGCCAGGACAACACUGACGGAUUUCAACUCGCUGAUAUCCAGCCCUAGACUAGGCAGGGAGAAGAAGAAAGUCAAAAAUCAGAAGGACCAGCUGAAGUCCAAAAAACUGAACAAGAUGAAUGAAUUUCAGGACAGCUCAGAGAGCGAGCCUGAGCUGUUUAUUAGUGGGGAUGAAUUGAUGAACCAGAGCCAGGGCAGUAAAAAGGGGUGGAAAACCAAAAGGAACUUGAGGACAGCCAGUGAACUGGAUGAAUUUAAGUGCCGGAAAGCGAAUGAGAAGGAGGAUGGGCGGCUAGGAAGCCAGGGCUUUGUGUACGUGAUGGCUAACAAGCAGCCCUUGUGGAAUGAGGCAACCCAAGUCUAUCAGCUGGACUUUGGAGGGAGAGUGACCCAAGAAUCUGCAAAAAACUUUCAGAUUGAGCUGGAAGGGAGACAGGUCAUGCAGUUUGGGAGGAUUGACGGCAACGCUUACAUUUUGGACUUUCAAUAUCCGUUUUCAGCAGUGCAGGCCUUUGCAGUAGCUCUGGCUAAUGUGACUCAACGCCUCAAAUGAAACGAGACCAGAGAGAGGAAAAAACCUAAUCAUUUUUUCUCAUAUGGGCCAACCCAGGAAGUGCUAGGGAGACCUGGCAGCGACACGCAAAAGAUUCUGGAGUAAAAGAAGGAAGUGCAACCGGGAAAAGUCUCCGAGUGCCCAAAGGAGGGCAUCAACUUUGAACAUUAUUGGGGAUGCGGGGUGGGGGCUCUUUGGUUUGGGAUUUCUUUUCUUUGAAUCAACAUUGUGCUGGUUUUUCAGGGCGAGCAAAGGAUGAGAGCUAUUCAGUGUUAUGUUGGGAAAUGUGGCUUUUGGCUUGUUGUGAUGGUUCUUCUGUGUUUGCUGCAAAAAGUAGCUGAUGUAAGCUAAUAGAGGGAUUUUAAAAGACUGCCCUUCUUUUUCUUUUUCCAUUCAUUCUUUUAUAGUGCUUUAUAACAUGCUGUUCUUUUUAAGGCAGGGAACAUAACUCCACCCCCUGAUCAGUUUAUACUAUUUACAUCAAGAGCAAGAGCAAAAACAAAACAAGCUAUAAUAUACUUGAAGACACGUGUUUAUUCUCCGAUAACUGAGCACUGUAGGCACCAUAGAGAUUGUUCAGAAGUCCAUACCUAGUUUCGAAAAUAUUAUUCGAAAAGAAAACAAAUCUGUUACCUUUGUGGUGGUUUUGCAGCGACGUUCUGUGGAAGAAGGUUUUCCCCCUUUUUCUUUCUUUGUGUUAUGUGACUUGGAUUAUAAAUCUGUACCAGACAGUGAAAAAUAGGACAGGGUGGGGGAGGGGGGAGGGAAAGAGUAGGGAAUGGCGAGGCAUGCAAACACAUACAUAUUGAUUUAAAACAUUUGUACUGAUUUUAGUACAAAUGUGUGAGAUAUAUAGGUGUGACUUGGUGAGGCAGUUGAGCAAGAGCUACAUCUGCUGAUCCUCAUUUAACAAUGUUUACAGCUGAAUAAAUAAAAAAACUUUUGAACAAUUCAA